AUGGUAAAAGAGUGGACUCCUAUUGUGAAAGGAACUUCCUCCAAACAACAACAAAAGACGCAAGCGGGAGCUCAGUUUCUUAGAAACGAAAAUCGUUUAAAAAGAGACUUCCCCUUAAAAGAGCAAUAUGACAGCGUGAUCCAGGAGUACCUGGAUCUGGGUCAUAUGAAAGAAGUUCCGCCGACUCACAAUUCUCCCUCGUAUCAUCUUCCUCAUCACGCGGUAGUUAAGCCCGAAAGCACCACUACAAAGCUUCGCGUUGUAUUCAACGCUUCAAGUCCGUCGGCAAAUGGGACCAGCUUAAAUGAUAUCCUUCAUGCUGGUCCAGUCUUACAAUCCGAUCUAACGAUCCAGGUCCUGAAAUGGCGUUAUUUUCAAUACGUCUUCAGUGCAGACAUUACGAAAAUGUAUCGUCAGAUCUGGGUCGAUCCAAAACAUACCCCGUUUCAAAGAAUUCUGUUCCGAAACAAGGAAGGAGAUAUCCGAGACUUUGAACUAAAAACAGUUACCUUCGGGGUCAACUGCGCCCCCUUCCUCGCCAUUCGAGUCUUGCAACAGCUGGCAGAGGAUAUCCAAGCGCCAUUUCCAAAUGCCAGCCGCAUCAUCCAGCAGCACAUGUACGUCGACGACGUUCUGGCAGGGGCGAAUUCCGUAAACGAAGCCCAAAGUUCGAUUCGAGAGUUGCAAGCAGCCCUAAGUGCCUCCGGGUUUCCGCUAAGAAAGUGGACCUCGAACAACAAAAGCGUCCUUAAAGACGUCCCGGCCGAACACCUCCUUCAUAGCGAGUCCUCGACAUCGAUGCCGAAAGCACGGCCAAGACGCUCGAACUUAGGCUGGGACGAUAAGCUUCCCACUGAAAUGAGUCAGCGGUGGCAAUCGUUUUUAGACGAGUAUUCCGACCUCAACCAGAUCCGCGUUCCGAGAUGGAUCUGGUACCAGCCUGAGGUAAUCAUAGAGCACCACGGUUUCUGUGACGCGUCUCAGAGAGCCUAUGGAGCGGCUAUAUACAUCCGCGUCGAGAUGGGGCAAAGGAUCCUGACUCGCCUGCUUACAGCCAAAACACGAGUGGCCCCGGUAAAAACCGUCUCCCUUCCUCGGCUAGAGCUCUGUGGUGCCGUGCUGUUAACCGAAAUGGUGACAGCAAUCCUUCAGCACAUGCCCUCCGCCAAUUCAGAUAUCCGCUGCUGGACAGAUUCCACAAUCGUCUUAGCCUGGCUACGAAAGCCUGCGUGCAACUGGACCACAUUUGUGGCCAACAGAGUUGCCAAGAUCACGCAGGCGAAGCCAGUCGACUGUUGGGCACACGUUCGCUCAGAACAAAAUUCCGCCGAUCUAGCCAGUCGAGGCGUAUCCCUACAUGAAUUGGCAGAAAACCAUCUCUGGUGGCACGGACCAGAGUGGCUGCAAGGGCCACGAGAGCUAUGGCCAGCACAAAGCGACACUCUUCCAGUGACAGAACUAGAACAGCGCGCGGUCAAAGUGCAUUUUGUCAAGGCCCCGUCCAUCGACUUUCUCGAACGUUUCUCCAAAUUGGACAAGGCCCUGCGAGUUCUGGUCUAUGUUCAACGCUUCCUUAAACGCUGCCGCAAAGCGCAGAGCAUAUGGCCAAGAGCUUCAGCAUUUGACCGAGAAAAGGCCUCUUCCAGUGUCAAGUCCUUUGGUGAAUUUGUUCCGUUCAUUGACCAACACGGCCUUUUAAGGGCGUGCGGCCGUCUCACUGCCUCCAAAACCCUGCAAUAUGAUGAACGUCAUACGAUUAUUCUCCCCUAUGACUGUAGACUGUCGCGCCUCAUCGUCCAAUUUACCCACCAGAUUACUCUUCAUGGCGGUAGUCAAUUGAUCGUACGCCUGAUCCGAUCGAAGUAUUGGAUUCCUAAAAUCAAGAAUCUGGUGAAGACUGUGGUCAAUCCGUAUCCCUCAGAUUUGCUGGCCCUCACACCAGGCCAUUUUCUCAUUGGAGGGCCGUUGCUUUCCACGGCGGAACCCGAGAUAAAGGGCGAAGCCAAGUCGAUAAUAAAUCGAUGGCAACACCUCAAGGCACAACAUCAGCAGUUUAGUGCACGGAACCUCCAAGCCGACGAUAUGGUAGUUGUCAAGGAGGACAAUCUACCACCGAACGAAUGGCGGCUCGGCAGAAUCGUUUCUGCCUUUCCAGGAGCCGACGACCGCAUUCGAGUCGUUGAGAUCCGUACGUCUCGCGGCACCAUAAAACGCCCUGUCCACAAGGUUAUUCUUCUACCGAUGGAGGACAAAGAGUCCUCCGUUCCUAGGGAUUAG